CGGAUUGAACAAGGGCACCACAAAGGUUCGGGUGCCUAGGAAAUUCUGAAAAGCCAGGCUGUAUAAAUUUCGCCAUCGUGCUGUCCUUCAAAUGUCUGCUAGUCGAUGUUGUUGAUUAGGAAUGCCUGUCGGAAUGAAUCCUUAAAAAGGUCCCUACUCGAAUUUUAGGCGGAGGUCACUUGAGAGUUUAGAAAUAUAAAUGAGAUAGAAACACAAGAAAAGCUCACCCGGCUUGCAGAAGAAUCCUGAGUACAGCUAAAGCAAUGUUUCCUCGUUCAUCCAUCUUCAUCUGCGCUCUUGCAGCUGUAAACACCCUUGCGGCCACACGAAGCUCUGCGAUAGCUGCCAGGGACAGCUGUAGUGUUGGUUCGCUCCAAUGCUGUACAUACGUCCAGACUCCUCAGGAGGAACCAGCCCAGACCCUCAUCGCUUUGCUUGGAAUUCCAACUGCUGGACUAACUGGCGAUGUCGGUAUCACUUGUGAUCCUGUAACGGUCAUCGGUCCUGGGACUUUUCAGUGCAAUAAGCAACUCGCCUGCUGCACGGGAACAAACUAUAAUGGUAUUGUUGUCCUGGGCUGUACUCCCAUCACGUUAAGCCUUUAGGUAAAUGAAUGGAUCGCGGAUUGAAACGGAAAACAAUGUCCUGUAAUUUCAUAUAUGAGCUAUAUAAAU